CCAGCAGCCUCCGGGCUGGGGCUUCCUUCCUCCCAGUCACGGGCAGCCUGUGCCCCGGAGCCGUGGGUCCCGCAGCUCAGUCUUCCUGCCCUGCCCGGAGCUGGAACACAGCGGCAGCCAUGGGCUUAAGCAGUCCUGUGCGGAGGGCCCUCCUCUUCCUCCUGGAUGUGGGAAGCGCACAAGUGCUGGAGACAGGCAAGGCUGCUGGAACUGACAUCGACUUCAAGUACGCCAUCAUCGGAGCGGCCGUGGGCGUGGCCAUCUCCGCCGGCUUCCUGGCCCUGAAGAUCUGCGUGAUCAGGAAACACUUGUGGGACAACGAGUCUUCAGACCUGAGAAGCACCGUUGUGGGCCUCAGCGACAGCACAGUGCGGAAGAAGAGGGCGCCAAGAGAUGCACAGGUGAUUGAGCUGUGAACAGGCGGCCGUCUCCACUCCUGCCCGCGCUGGUGGACGUUUUAAACUGGAACACCCAAGGCUGGUGAUGGACAGUUGUGUGGACUCGAUACGGGGGCUGGGGGGGGCACAUAAUAGAACCUGAGGAAUAGACUCUACGGCGCCUCUUUCCUGAGGGGAAAUACCGCUCCUUUGCUGCAAGAAGCCGUCUGCGUGGAGGGAGCGUGAGCAAUCCACUCAUCUGUGGAAGCCACUCCAGCCACGCCUCCUCGCCUGGCCCCGCUGCGUGGCAGCGGCUCAUCUUCUGCAGUGGUACUGUGUCCCUGUCAAUGACAUCUGCCCCACACCCAGUGUGCCCGCGGCCUGGCGAUUAACCUGCCUGUGUCCCACACCGGAGGAUCUGAACUUCAACUCCUGCCCUGGAAUCCUGACUCCAGCUUCCUGCCAGCAGAGACCCUGGGAGACGGCGGGAUGGCUCAAGUCACUGGGUUCCUGCCACCCACGGGGAGACCUGGAUUGGGUUUCUGGUUCACAGCUUUGGCCUCAGCCCAACCCCAGCUGUUUUGGGCAUUUGGAGAGUGAACCAUGGGAUGGAAGUACUUGCUCUCUCGCUCAUAAAUAAAUUAAAUUGAAUAAAAAGAAUCCACCCAUCUGGCUUACUGAGCUGCAUCUUAUCAGCAGGUAAACAGUGUUUUCUAGAACCGCUGGUCUCACCUUCAUAGCUGCUGGGAGAACCCAAUGUUAAGGGCAGACCCUGUGAACACUCAGGGACGAUGAGACAUGGAGGCCGCCAGCCAGUCCCCAGGGCUGUCACCAAAAGACGACCCCUUUCAAAGGGAGAAUUGUCACAAAGGGAGUGAGGGGAAGGCCCCCUGAGCGCUCGGGGCCAGGCCUCCCUCUCGGCAGAUCUGCAAUGAUGGAGUCCACAAGGGAUUCGCGGAGAGAGCAGAUGCAAGUCCUUGUACACAGCUGUGCAAACGCAAGUACUUGCGUUAUCCUUCUAUAAUCACUUGGUGGUCAUUAUUUUUAAAGAUUUAUUUAUUUUAUUUGAAAGGCAGAGUUACAGAGAGGCAGAGGCAGAGAGAUAGAGAGAGAGAGAGAGACAGAGAGAGAGGGGUCUUCCAUCCGCUGGUUCACUCCCCAGUUGGCCACAGCUGUGCUGAUCCAAAGCCAGGAACCAGGAGCUUCUUCCCAGUCUCUCACACGGGUGCAGGGGCCCAAGGACUUGGGCCAUCUUCUACUGCUUUCCCAGGCCAUAGCAGAGAGCUGGAUCGGAAGUGGAGUAGCCAGGAUUUGAACCUGCACUCAUAUGGGAUGCCGGCGCUGCAGGCAGUGGCUUUACCCGCUGAGCCACAGCGCCAACCCCCUAUGGUCAUAAUGCGUGUGGCUUAUGCAGGCAGGACAGGACCGGUAGGGAACUCGGAUGCUCCUGCCAUUCUAUUAAUUGCCGCCCAUCUAAGGUCCCUUGCACACUCCUCUUCCUUCGAUGGUUAACCCUGCACUCCUGGGGGUGCACCAUGGAGUGUUUUGCCUGUCGGCUCAGCUGACGUCAGGGUGGCUGUGAGCCACUUCUCUGGGAUUGGGUUACCCUCCUUGCGCGGGAUGAAAGCUGAACUGUGUUUGAGAACAGAGUGGCCUUACAAUACCGUGCCUGGACUCCCUCGGCAUCUCUUAUCUGACUUGAUAACAAUGUUGUCAGUAGCGGCCUUUGUUAACGGGCAACCUAGCGCGGGCUCGCAACGCUCAUCAGCAAUUCUCCGUGUGGAAGAUGGAAGAAGCCAUCUUGUGAGGAAUCUGUUAAUUGAUUUGCUUCUUUUAGCAGCGUUUUAAUUAAGACAUCUGGUUUCUGAACGGCAGACACAAGUGUGCACUGAAGGUGAGAGCUGGGGCCGGGGUGGGGUGGGGGUCCUUGCCCCGCCCCCUCCUCGCCACAUCCGGACUCAAAGUGUUCUGUGCGGAGAAGAGAGAGGGGCUUCUGCACACCAGCAUCUUCUCCCGUGGUUCCAAACCUGACGUCAUCUGGGCUGCGGAACGGGCUGGGAUACUCCUGCCCUCCCAGCUCAGUAGCCCCGGGCCCCUCCUCCCCCCAGACCUAGGCAGU